UCAUCCAAUCACAAAAAAAUCUGAAAGGGGAUUUUUGCUGUAUCUUGGUUCAGAUGUUACUCAGUGCAGGUUAGUUGGUCCAAAUGUCAGAGGACCUGCGGCACCAGCGGGCUGAUGCCUCCCAGCGGGCAAAGGGUGGCCUGGAGGCCGGGGAAGGCGAAACGGAGCCCAGCAUGUUGCUGCAGAAGCUAAACAGCAAUAUCUCUAAGACUGUUCAGAGCAAAGUGGAUCAAAUCUUGCAAGACGUUCAACGCUUCUCUGACAAUGACAAGCUGUACCUGUACCUGCAGUUGCCCUCUGGGCCGAGCUCUGGAGACAAAACUGGCGGUGACACCAGCUCGUUAACCACAGCUGACCAGCUUCACACAUGUAACUGGAUCCGCAGUCACCUGGAGGAGCAUUCAGACACCUGUCUGCCCAAACAGGACGUCUACGAGACGUACAGGAAGUACUGUGAGAACCUGCAGCAUCGUCCUCUGAGCGCCGCCAACUUUGGGAAGAUCAUCAGAGACAUUUUCCCCAACAUCAAGGCGAGACGACUUGGGGGCAGAGGACAGUCCAAGUACUGUUAUAGUGGAAUCAGGAGGAAGACGGUUCUCAACAUGCCUCUGCUGCCCAACCUGGACCUAAAGAAUGAUCCGUCGGAGCUGACUGAACUGGUCCAGACCUACAAACAGGAGGUGACGGAGGCGGCCUGUGAGCUGAUCUGUGAUUGGGCUCAGAAGAUCUUGAAGCGUUCCUUUGACACGGUGGUAGAGAUAGCUCGCUACCUGAUCCAGGAGCACAUCGUGAACCCUCGCUGCAGCCAGGCUAAGCUCGUCACGUCUGCAGCACUCGCAGGUGGUCCAGCUAAAACCCAUAAAGUCAUUAAGAAAACUCCUGUGAUCUCUCAAGCUGAUGGAGAAGGAGCUGCAGACCAGAGGAAAGACCUGGAUUUAUCCUCAUCCUCCCCCAAGCUUUUUCCUGGAGACAAAUCCACUUCAGCGGUACCCAAGCCUCCCUCAGCAGAUGUUCCUCCUCCUCCUCCUGCUCCUCCUCCUCCUUCCUCUACCUCCUCUUCAUCUCUGCGACCAGCAGUGGAAGCCUUCAUAAAGCAGUUACCCAGAAUCCUUCCUCGCAGCUCCAUCCCGGAUAAGAGCUUCUCCGUCCGCUCCUCGGUGCCCCCCCAGACCGCCACAGAUGCCUCUGCUGUUGGGGUGCAGUCAGCACAUGGAGGCCCCACCGCUGCUACCGCUCCUGCAAAUAGUGGUGGCGUGAAGGUCAUCACUAUGACAACCCUGCCCCAGCAGCAGGGCAGGCCUCUUCCGCUGAUGAUUCUUCCUCAGGGCUGUUUGUCCUUUGAGACGGACAAGGUGGCUCCGCCGCCUCCUCCCCCCCUCCCUGCCCAGCAGCACACUGUGGCGGCCCCGACCUCUGUGGUCCAGAAAGCUCGCGGCUCAACCGCCAAGCGGCCCCUGGAAGGGGAAAUGUCAUCCAUCGGUGCUGCUGGCGUUUCAGCUGCUUCCUCCCUCAGCAGUUCACCGGUUAAACGAAAACGUGGACGGCCGAGAAAACCCCGUCCUGAGGACCCGGUUCCUUCUCCUUCUGUGGCUGCCCCUCCUCCGCCAGCCACCGCUGCCCCUCCUCCAAUCAUCACCCCGUUAACGGGUGGUGUCAUCCAGAAGGCCACUUCCUCUUUGGCCUCCUCCACACAGACAGUGGUGGAGCUGGUGAUCCAAGAACCGCCGGGGCUGGUUCUGGGUCAGUUGCCGGCCAUGUCUGAUCCAUCCCAUCGGCUGGUGGACCCCCGCGGCGUGGUGGUGCAGUGCCAGUCGAGCGGGGCUACCGACCCCGACAGCCAGGUCAGGCCCGUGCUUCUCUUCCACAGUCCUGGAACCCCCAGCUGGGAGCUGUCCCCGACCGGCCGGACCCCCAUGGUGGAAGUCAUCCAGAAAGCUCCGAGACCCGGAAAUAACAACAGCAGCACGGCGCCCCCUCCGACGGCACACCUCAGUCCCCCCCCUCUUCCCCUCCCCACGCUGCACGAGGAGCAAGGCGAGGUGGAGAUAACGCUGACGCCAGUGGAAGUAGACGUCAGCCCCCCGCCCGCUUCCACCUCCACCUCCUCUGCUGCUCCUGCCUCCUCCCUCUCAACCUCCUCCACCACGGUGGUAAAGAUUGAGGAGGAGGAGGUAGAAAACAGCUCCCCUUACCAGAGAGAAGGACAUUAGCUGGCAUCAACCGGCUCCUCCUGAGUUUUUUAAUUUCCUCCAUCACUCAGAUUUUACCUCAACUGCUAAAGGUUCCCCAUCCUUCAUCUCUCCUCGUCCUGAUUGGUGGAAAUCCGAGGUUGGCAGAAGCAGAGAGCCAAUCCAGCAGGAUACAUGAAGCCAAAAAGUCCACAUGCCACCUCCUGUCCUGAUGCACCCAUAAACUGCUUUUUUUAAACUGCAUGUUUGUCUUUCUGCAACCUGUGGUUUAAAUCUUAACCAACAUCUUUACUAUUUUUCUUCCUUCUCCGCCUUAUUUACUGUCUUCACCCCCCUCCCGGAAAAAACUGUCUGUGCUUCAGUUCAUUUGUUUUUCUUUUAAAAAAAAUGAAAAUUAACAACAAUUGUACUUAAGAUGCAGAAAGUUUAAUAGAGGAAGGAGAGAAGGUGCCAUGUUUUUAAAACAGGCCUCAGACGAUUCCAGUUCAGGAAGUAGAUACGGGUUAGAUCCUUCUAAAGGUUCUCUCUGCUAAAUAAACCAGAACCAAGCUUUUAUUCACCUCCAGGUAAAAACAUUUAUUCACCAGGAAGUUGUUGAAGCUCUUAUGAUGAUAGCGAUAUUAUGAAUAAUUAGCUGAAGGUGAAUUAAAGCUUGGUUCAGCCCUCCUCUUCUAAAGAGUCCUGUUGUUUUAAGCAGAUUUGUGUUUUUUUUUUGUGUCUGAUUAUGUGUUUAAGGUUGAAAGAUUGAAAACCUAAAGAUACUCAUUACCCAAAAUAAUAUAUCAAGUAAAGUUAGUCAUUUUCUAUGUAAAAAAAAAAAAGAAAAAAAACGACAGUUUUAUACAUAAACUUGAUAUAUGUCAGAAUUAUUCCAGAAAACUGAGUCGGUAUCAUUCUUGUGCAUUUCAGUGGGUUUGUUGGAGAAACUCCAAAACCUUUUAGUUUGGCUCUGAAAUCCAUCUGCUACGAUAUAAAACACGUGAAAAACGAUAGAAGCCGCAGAUGCUGAGAACUUUAUCUGUUUUAGUUGCUCAGAACGCAAGUGGAGAACCAAAAAAAAAUGCUGCUUUUAUUUAACUUUUGUGUCCCGUGGUUAAUUAGAAAGCUUCAGCUGUUUAGCUUUUACUUGGAACCGGAUCCAGAUGGGAGGCAGAUUCAGCUUCAAUGUUCUGCUGAAAGGACGCAGAAAAGAUCCAACUAUGAUAGAUUUCUGAACAGUUCUCAGUAGCCCCUUUCAGAUCAUAAUCCCCUAAUAGACAUGAAAAUAUUUGUCAUAUUUAUUAGUAUAGUAUAUUUAUUAAAUAUUUUACAACAUAAAGGGCAUAAAAAUCUUCCAAAUUUGUUAUAAAAAAGGGAAAAAAUGACCAAAUCAUUGUAGAAAAUAAACUUCUAGUAGCUUUUGUGAGUGUUAAUAUCAUUUAUGUUUUUAGUUACAACACUUUGUAGUUUUCAAGUAAAAAUGCUUAUUGUGCUCAAUGUUACUUCUGCUGUUUUUUGGUAACCAUGGCACAAGUUGAUGAGUGGCUGAUUAUUCGUUCCUCUGCUCGUCUACUGCAGUCGGUUGCUUAACAAAUAUCUUGCUCACAGCUUGAUAAGUGUGGUUUAAAAACCGUUAUUUAAAAACACGCACUGGGCGGAGCUUCAUCUGUUUUCCACUCCACAACUGCUCUUAAAACUGAAUUUAUCCUUUUGUACGAUUAAGGGGAAAAGUCAAAGCCUUAUUUCAGGGAAGAGGGGAUUGCUUUCUUUUAUUUUUCUCACCCCUGUAGAAAAUGUUUGCACUUUUUCGUCUCCUUUUAAAGGGACAAUAAACUCUAUAAAUAUGUGAAUACAAUUAGACUUAACACAAAUACUACAGGUGAUCCUCCUCCUGGUUUGAUGCUUCCAAUGUGCAACGGAUUCUGCUCAAUGUUAGCACAUUAGUUUUAUACAAGGCAUUAAUAUUGAUGCAUUCAGACGAAGGUGUUCGCAGGUUUAAAUCCAUGAUCUGAAAGGGGCUAUUGGGACUAAAUAAGUUCACUUUGGUGAAGUUUGCCUUUAAAUGCAAAAGGAAAAGCUUCAGCUCGGAUGCUAGUUUAGCAAAGCACAAGGAAACCUGCAACGUACCACUAGCACAUGAAGAUGCAGUAAAACGUCUUAAUCACUGGCUGAUGUUUGUGCAGUUGUCGGUUUCUGUCGUGGCGUUACAGAUUACACGUGUGUUGCCAUCGUGCCCUUUGCACUAAUUCCAGCCGCCUUCUGCAGCCUGCAACCACGGCCACAUCUCAGUCAGCAAUGUGACGGCACCAUGUUUCUUAUUUGCUUCCUCCAGCGUAUCUUUUGAAAGAAGAUAUUUUGCUGCCUUGCUUUGCUUUCAUUUUGCUGGGACUCAGAGUUAAGUGCAAAGAUCUUAGUAGAUCAGCUCAAUAACUCAGGAUGUUUGGAUACAGCUUAGUGCACCACGCAUUACUCUUCUUUGCGUUAACACUGUGAUUCACAUUUAUCCAUGAUCUCCAAUCUCUCAGAACUUAUCCCAGAUUU